UUAUCUUCUUCUCCCUCCAUUUCCAACACGGCAAACCCGGCCACCAGAAUUGGAGAGCGAUUAUCCGAUGGACCACGCCAUUCCCUGCAACCCCUGCAUUCCUCUCUACCGGAAACCCACGCUCCGCCGCCGAAUCACUUGGCCGACCGUUCGCCACUCCAAUACAACAAAAUGGCGCCGCAAUACGACGUCGUCGGAGCUCCAAAUGCCCGUGGAAGUGAACGACCGAACGAGUAGCGACUCUGCUUCAGUCCCGACGCACAAAGUCACCGUCCACGACAGACAACGCGGCGUCGUACACGAGUUCUUCGUCCCAGAGGAUCAGUACAUAUUGCACACUGCUGAGGCACAGAACAUCAAUCUUCCAUUCGCUUGCCGGCACGGUUGUUGUACUAGUUGUGCUGUACGUGUGAAGUCUGGAAAACUUAACCAGCCUCAGGCACUAGGGAUAUCUGCUGAAUUGAAAUCAAAGGGAUAUGCACUUCUCUGUGUGGGUUUUCCAUCAUCUGAUCUUGAAGUAGAAACACAAGAUGAGGAUGAGGUAUACUGGCUUCAAUUCGGGAGAUAUUUUGCACGGGGUCCAAUUGAAAGAGAUGAUUAUGCAUUGGAGUUGGCAUUGGGUGAUGAAUAAGCAAUGUAGAAUACUUGAUUUUGGAGAUAGGAUCUACUGAGCAAAAUAUGACAUCUGUAUGUUGUAUCCCUUGCCCUAAAUUUUUCUUUACUCUGAGUGUACAUCCGUGUUGGUUGGCUAGUGGAUUGGACAAAUUGUUUUAACUAUAUUUGAAUUGUCAAGGUUGUUUAGCCAAUGCCAAUCUACCAGUAGCAGUUAUUUUAGAAAUGAGCACUGUUUAACUCUGCAUUGCACCAAGUCAACCACCUAAAAUGGAGAAACUAGGAAUAUCAUGGCACUAGUAGUUUUGUUGAUGAGCAAAACAAAUUAUGUGAGCAAAUCAAUCUGCUUGGAUGGCUUGUUUGCUAUAUGUCUUUGCUUUGUUGGUUGUUACUUGUUACUGGCAGGGCUGUAUUAUUAUUGGGUACAACAUAUGUCUCUAAAGUUUAAGGGCUAGAGUGAAACUGUCAAGAAAAUGAUGAAAGAGAAAUCUGGCAGAGAGCGUGAGAUUGUACCAUGGCAAGCAAGUUGUGAGUCCUAGUUUAUAUUUGUGCCUGUCCAGUUAUUCAUACUAAAUGGUCUUAACUUCAUUGGACUUGUAUAUUUCCUUACUGUUUGAAUGGCUAUCUGUUGGAUCUCAUAACAAGAUUGUUAAGCUUUGAUUUAUAUUUGAGCCUCUCCAGUUAUUCGUACUAAA